AUGGCUGGUCAAACAGAAGAGAAAGAUAGCGGAAGCUCAAGCGUGAAGCGUGUCAUUCGUCCUGUAAUACCAGCUUUGCCCUUACGCCCUGUGAAGAGACAACCAGCUUCAAAAAAGCACCAAGAUGUGGACCCAGUGGAAGAUGAGCCUCAGCGUGGUACCAGUAUGCCUCUCCUAUCAGGCGGCUGCAGUACACCAGACCGUGCCCUCAAGAUUCAGUUUGGGGAAACGAAGGGAGAUUGCGAACAGGCUGUCCACUACUCUUCAGCAUCAUUCGCCCACACCAGUUCUUCGCUAGAUGUGACUCCUUCUAGCGUGCCAUCGGGUAUGUUUGAGCUAGGGCAGCUUGAGGUGUCAAAUGCUGAAAAAUCUUUGCCAGAUGGAUCGAACAACAACGACACCUUAACACAGGGCAUCUCGUCUAGGACUAGCUCCGCACCACCAACUCUCACCACAUCCUCAGAUUCUCCUCCCCCAACUCAAAAACAAACGCUUCACACACCUGUUGUUCAGCUACCUGCACAAGCCAGCAUAUCUCGCUCUUCUUCCCUCCAAAUCUCCUUUCUCUAUCAAGAAGAAACCGACUCUGCCAGCACAGAAUCCACUCCUGACAGCGAAUCUAAAACGCCUCCUCUAAACUCACAGCCACUGAGUCCACCUGCGAUAGAUCUACUUGACGUCGAACAGAACCAGGCUUUGACUGGAACUGAGUCUACAAAGACAGUACCUGAUCCACUGACCGCCUUUGAGCUAUUCGACCCUGCAAACCCCAUCAUGCCUUCCUAUCCAGCUCGUGCGCACAUCCUGCCAUCAAUGAUGAUUCCCCUCUACAUGUACCUGCUCAGCCUCUUCGAUUACAAGCUUGCAUGUGAUCAGCAGAUCGACGUUCAUGUUCCAGGGCCUUCACCUUUCCAAUUUUCCUUCGAUGCACACAAGGUGAUCAUCUGCCGAUCUCCACUACUAGCAAUGCUGGUACAUUCUAAUGCGAUCAACGGGCUUCAAAACAGCAGCAUCAAUCUCUUCUGGCCUGUCAAUUAUUUCAAUGAAGCUGCAUUCAUCCAAGCUUUCCGACACCUCUACAGCAACGCUAUUCUCAACAGCAAGGACAUCGAGGAAAUGACCUUUGAAGCUCGUACCCGCCCUGCUCCCGACUGGAGAGCUUCUCAACUCAUGUUCACUAUUAGCUACUGGCUCGGAGGAUUGAUUCUACAAGCUGACCCCGUGGUUGAACAAGCCAAGAGCCUCGUACUUAAUCUGCUCAAUUUCGACAUCAUCGGAACCGCAUUGACUGCUGCCACACUCUUGCGUGAUCAUGACUACACCAGGGACGAGCACAACAACGCCAUCGCCAAUCACCAAAGUCUGUACACAGUCGCUGAGACUGUAGGAGUCAGACUUCAAAACAUGAUCUUCGCAUUCAUAGCUGAGAACAUCAUAUUCAAAGACUUUCAGCUCGACACCAACCCCCACCAGACCCUUGUUAGGCCACUUUUCCCCGUCAGACAAGGCCUGAUCGACCACUACCGUCGUCAAGUCCCGGUUCAGACCCUCCAAUUCGGGCAGUUACCUCCUCAGCAAGUCGCCGGUCCAGCCCAACAGUUCAGCAUGGACGACUCCCACACCUCUUACAUCAUGCUCAACGUCCCCUUUUCUGUCCUCAAAGAGGCAGUUCCCGUCAUGAGAGAAGUCGCCGAGGACUGCCUGGUGGACGACGCCUUGGUCAAGGACUUUUUCAAGAAGGUGGUUGCAGAGAGGGAGGUCAGGCGGUGGGUUGCUAACACCGAUAGAACUGUGACCGAUGCGGAGCAGUUCGCGAAUAUGGAUGUCUGGGGGGUGAUUGGGUACGAGGAGACCGUCGAGGACGGUGAGAAUGGGGAGUGGUACUUGUCGGCAGAGUGCUCCGACGGGUGGGCCGCGCGUGGCGGUUAG